GAGGUGAGUUUUUGAGCUGUGCGUUUCACUGCCGGUUUCACACUAGAGCCUUGGGCGAUGUUCAAACAAGUGUUGAUUUUCUUGGCACUGCUUCGGGUGUCAGUUGCAGAAGGUGGGCAAGAGCAAUUCGCCGAGUCAACAUGUGAAGAAGCUGAUGAUCUACGAUUGUCAUUGCUCCAGUCUUCUCUGCAAGUGGCCAAGGCGCCAGUGGAAAGAAAUGUGAGCGCUGCACCAGAGCAACAUGCGCUUUUCGAUCGGUAUGCUGAUGCAGCCAAACAAGCCAGAAUGAUGGCAAAGAAGCAAUUGAAUUUCGUGAUGCAGUUGGUGCUACCAACGGAGAAAACGGCCCUGAGUGGGAUUCCGGCCUUGCUGGUUUUCAUGCUGGCAGGCUUGGUGAUGGCCCUCUUCGUAGUUCAGCUGAUUGGUGUGAUGUUCGAGGAGAAGAAAUCAGCACCUUUUCGCCCGGGUGGUCCGACAUAUUCUCAAUCCACAGCUCCAGGGACUUUGCCUCCCAUGACCUUGCCAAACUCACCGCCAUCGAGGGCUUCCAUGGCCAGACCAGGUGCAGGCAGUGCGAGUGCUCCCUCCACCGUGAGUACGCUGCCCGUGCGGGGACACGCAAGUGCUCGGCCCUCCCAUGCGCCGGAUGGCGCUGCCAUGUGCCCGGCGUUGAUCUCUCCGUCUGCGGAAGCUCAUUUCACCGUCCCGAGGGGGGAUCUGAAUUCGUUGAAUGCAGGCACAGUUGGACCGGUGGCGAUUCUUGGGGGUCAGACUGGUAAAGCGCUUCUGUAUGCCAGAUUCAAAGCGGAUUCCAAAGAACGGCGCUGGCUCGAGCUGUCCACCACCGCCAAUAGUCGCUUCCCACACUGCAGCGCUGGACCGAUGGACACGGGGCUCGGGCAAUCCAGAGUUCCGGUGGAAAUCCGUGGCCCACGGGGGGAUCGCUAUGGCACCUUGCAAAAGGAGAGCUCUUUGUGGCAGUUGUAUCGCUUUGAAGGACAGCUCGUGAAGAGCAUCUCCACGAAGGCUGGCAGCUUCACUGCGACGGAUGGGCAGCAGCAUGUAGCGACGGGACGGGUCGAUGAUGAAACCUUUGAGGUGUUGGUGAGUCCUGGCAGAGAUCCUCUCCUGACGCUGCUUUGCAUGCUAGCGAUCCUUUUAACCUCGCCAGGCGAUGUGGUGUGACCAGCGGUCGGAUUCCUUCGAUCACAGACUUGAGACUGUGAAGGCGUGAACCU